UAUAUGAUUAAAAAAUUACCAACACUGUUUCACAGUCGAAUGUCAUUGUCAACCUCAAAAACCUUCUUGGCGAUUAGCGAUGACAACCUAAAUUGAUUACAGUGAUAAGUAAUAUCCUCCAAUAUCAAACUCCCAAAUUCCCAAAGUCGUCCAGACAAUGAAUUACCGACACUGAAUCGCGAGCUACGUGGGAAUAGAAUAAAAUUCGAUUCAUAAAAUCUAAAAUUCGAUUGGGGAAAUAAUAAACUGCAAGAUAUUAACCUCGACCUCGACACUUGGAUCGAUUGAACACGAUAAAUAAAACCGAGUGAGUAAAAAUAAUGAGCGGGGAACAGCUGUUCCUGAUGGAAUUCCUGGUUAACAACGUCAACGUUCCCGCCAUCCGGGCGAUCCACAAGGAGAUACUGCCCGCCAAGACAUGCGUCUCUUUUCAAAUACUGGAUCUGCCGCCGAUGAAUAUCUACCAAGAAUCGCCGACGAGAGCUUGCGCCUGCAACGACGGAGGGCAGCAGGUCUUCAAGAAGGGGAAGUCUUGCCUGUUUGCGCUGCCGAACGUCAUCCUGCAGAAGCCACUGUGCAGUUUUCCCGUGAAGAUGAGCGUCCACAAGGAGUUCCCACCAGGGGUUUUGCCAGACGUGAUGUUAAUCGGCAGCCACCAGAUCCAAGCCUGCGGCCUCAUCAACUCGCUACUGAGCCAGCAGGUCUUCAAGACCGGCGACAGUAGCCGGACGAUCAAGGACACCUUCAAGAUCACCACGGCGACGGGGCAAUGCGUGGGCGAAGUCACAGUCUUCAUCCGCGCCUCGUGCUUCGGCAGGAAGAUCGUCACGCAGUUUCAAAUCCCCGACGACGAGAAGCCGUAUCUCUUCAAAGGCGUCGACGACGGCCCCGUGUUCCAAUGCAGGCGGAUCACCUCCGUCGCGGACAGGCAGAGUCAAGUCAAGUGCGUGUGUCCUGCGAGGAAGACCAGCGACGGCAGCGGAGAAGCGGCCAGGACGUGUUGCCCCGCCGUGGUGGGUGAACACCGGCGAAAGGACCGGCGAGAGGACCCCAAGGUCAAGUGCCCACCGUGUUGUACUGUCGCACAGGACACCGUCGGCAGGAAGGAAGCUGUGAGGAAGUGCGGUUGCGUCGUGAAGGAAGAGCGGACUUGCAGCUGCGGCCGCAGCAACGUCAAGCGUCCAUAAGUAAGAGAAUUCAAUCCGGUCCUCUCCUGGAUGUCCUUUCCUGGAAAUCAACAGGUCUCAUCGUCGCUGAAAUGACCACGAGCGUCGGUCGGGUGAAGCGCCGGCUGGACUCAUCCAUCAGUCUCGUCUGGAUCAGCCGUCCUCCUCCGACAUCCACGCGCUCCUGCGCGCUCGCGCGCGUAUUUAGAUCCGUCCGUUUAUUCCCGUCCGCCGCCGCGCUCCAAGGGGCGCCGCGGCGGAGCCAGGGGGAUGCCACCCGCCGGGGAAGGGAGGCCCCGGUCGACGACACCGCCGUCGCUUCCCACGCGCCCGCCAAC